AAACCAACAAGUCAUUAUUAUCUUGUUCCCGGGGGCUUUAAAUGUCAAAAUAUGGUAAUUAAGUGUUCAGUAAUUGGUUGUUCGAACAGAAAGGAUCGCGAGAAAGACUUACAAUACUACAGAAUACCUGCAGUGAUCAAAAAUCAAGGUGAUGAAUGUGAGAGGCUAUCUACAAAUCGGAGACGACAGUGGUUAGCACAACUUGGGCAGAGCUUUGAAAACAAAAACAUAGAUAAUGUCCGAAUAUGUUCAGCUCAUUUUGUUAAAGGAAAGAGGGCAGACCUGUACGAUCAGCUCAAUCCGGACUGGAUUCCUACCAUUAACCUCAGGGGAUGUGCUACACCGAAACCACCAGUCCAUAUUGACAGCACAACUCCGUCUACCAGUCGUUACAAUCGCCAGAAAGACAGAAUACAGCGAAGAUUAGAUAUGUCCCAGUUUGCCACAGACACAGGCCCAAUGGAUGAAGAUUCUGAGACUCCAUGUUCUUCAACCCAAACAGACAUCAACGGGCAGUACAUAGAGGGAAUGAAACAUGAGAUUGAAGCACUCCAAUCUCAAAAUCAGCACUUGAAGUCUCAGCUAUCAGACAAGUUCUCAGAGAAAGACUUUGAAGGGAAUGAUGAAAAGGUGAACCACUUGACCGGUUUGUCAUCUCAUGAAACUCUGAUGUUGGUGUUAGAGUACCUCCUUCCCUAUUUGCCAUCUUCACUUGUUAUGACACAGUUCAAGAUGUUGAUCAUGACUCUUAUGAGACUAAGACUCAACUUGUCAGUGAUGUUCCUGGCAUAUGAAUUUGGUGUUUCUCAGGCGACAGUGUCACGAGUGUUUACCAAUGUAAUGGACUGCAUGUUUGCUAGACUACACCCAAUGGUACAUUGGCCUCAGCGAGAAGUGUUACAAAAGAAAAUGCCAAUGCAGUUUCGAAAAAACUUUGGGAAGAAAGUUGUUUCCAUUAUAGACUGUUUUGAAGUGUUUAUUGAAAAACCUUCUAAUUUGCAGGCUUCGGCAGAAACCUACAGCUCCUAUAAACACCAUCAUACAGUUAAAUUUCUUAUAGGAAUAACGCCUCAAGGAACUGUGUCUUAUAUUUCAAAAGGUUGGGGUGGUAGAACCAGCGACAAGAAUAUAACUGAACACUGUGGGUAUUUGAAUAAACUGUCUCCAGGUGAUUUGAUCUUAGCUGACCGAGGUUUUGAUAUAAGUACAAGUGUUGGCUCACUUGCAGCGUCGGUUAACAUACCAGCUUUCACAAAAGGUAGAGAUCAGCUGUCAGCGGCAGACAUUGAAUCAACAAGAAAACUUGCCAAUGUCCGAAUUCAUGUAGAACGGAACCAGUACUAA